AGCAUGUUUGUAGUCUUUUUGAAAUCAAGCAUAGUGGUCCUUUAUGGCGAACGGAUUUUUUUUUUUACUACAUAUUCUGGUAAAUUCUCAAUCGUUUUUUCUGUUGUACUGACUGACAAGACAGUUGUGCGCUGGGAACCAGGCUAGCGAAUUUUGUGCAUUAUCGUAUAUUCAUCGCAGAAUGGGAAUAUCAGAUGUAACAUUUGACACAACUGGUCCUGUGUUGGACUUGUCAUCCCAGGGUCUGCAGAAGCUGGAGCCCAGUUUCACCUGCUCUGAUGAAACGCACACGCUCAUCCUGGACCGGAACCACAUCAUGAAACUAGACCAUUUGGAGAGGAGCCAAGGCCUCCAACAGUUAUCUGUUGUUGGAAACCGCCUGGUGCGAAUGAUGGGUGUGUGUCGUCUGACCGAGCUGAGAGUUCUGAACCUGCCCAAUAACAGUAUUGGCUAUAUUGAAGGGCUGCGAGACCUGCCACACCUGGAGUGGCUCAACUUGGCAGGCAACAACAUCAAGGUCAUUGAGCAGCUCAACAACUGUGUGGCUCUCCAACACUUGGACCUGUCUGAUAACAACAUCUCCAACAUUGGUGAUGUUACCAAGCUGUUAGCCUUGAAGACCCUUCUCCUCCAUGGAAAUAGCAUUACGACGCUGCAGACCGUUCCCACUCAUUUGCCCAUCCAUCUGUCCAUCCUCUCCCUGGCAGAGAAUGAAAUUCGAGACCUCAAUGAGGUCUCCUACCUGGCACCCCUCCAUGACCUGGAACAGCUCUCCAUUAUGACUAACCCCUGCGUCAUGGUAACACACUCGUUGCCUGGAUACGACUACCGGCCGUACAUCAUGAGCUGGUGUCUGAAUCUCAAGAUCCUGGAUGGAUAUGUGGUGUCUCAGAAAGAAGGGUUGAAGGCAGAGUGGCUGUACAGCCAGGGCAAAGGUCGAUCAUACCGGCCAGGUCAGCACAUGCAGCUGGUCCAGUACUUAGCCACCGUGUGCCCUUUGACCUCCACGACAGCCCUGGAGACCGCGGAGGAUGCCAAGCUGGAGAAGAUCCUCAGCAAGCAGAGGUUCCACCAGAGGCAGCUCCUGCAGCAGACCCAGGGGGGCUUCACCAGCCCUCCCCGCCCCACCCAACUGGAUGUGGAGACUCAAAGCCCCCGCCAUGUGCCUCUGAUAGAGGACGACAGAACCACAACGCCUGUGACUGCUCCAUCAGCCAGACAGACAGAGCUAGCGACGGUGCAGGUGAACACCUGGCUAGGCUGCGACCACUCCCAGGCGGCCUCACCUCCUCUCCGUAGCCUCAGGGGUGUGGAGGAGCGCCUCUACCUGGAGGACGUCCAAAGCCAGACAGAUGAGGACAAACUCAACGGCAGCCUGCUCUCCUCCGAGUCCACCUUCCUCCUCGUCACCUCUGAACCCCCCUGCUCUGACAGCGAGGAUGAGACAGAGACGUUUGAGCAUGACUCACUGGUGCCCGAACACCCCAUUCAUCCCAAAAAGACCCUUGCUGAAAAGACCCUACAGGCACCCUUGGGGAAAGGGAGUGAGAGCCAGAAGGAGAGAGAGAUGGAGAGAGAAAGGGUGUCAGGUGACAGCCACCUCACCUGUACCUUAACCUCAACUGCCGGUCUACCUAUGAUGGGAGAUGACCAAUCACAGACCAAUGACAGCACUCCGCUCCAGGGAGCAUACUCAAACUGCAAUGCUGUAGAGGUGAGGGCAGGGUCGAAGCAGGAAGAUAAAGCAUUAGUGAGAUGUGAUAGGGUGGGUCGCUGUGAGGCGGACAGGGCAGCCGUCAGGAUCCAGGCAUGGUGGAGGGGAAUGUGGACUCGGCGCUGCCACCCGCUGGCCAAAGAGGUGCGGUGUGAGAUCCGCCUGCGCAGGAUGCAGGAGCACAUAGUCUUCCUUUCUGGAGAGUUUGAGAGAGUGAGGCAGCAGCAUGAAGAGGAGAGAUUGAAGAGACUGGUACAGGAGGAGGCUGUGAGGUUUCUAUGGAGGCAGCUUCAGUCCAUGCAGCAGUGGCAGUGUUCUGUAGAGGGGCAGCUGGCCAGCGUGACUCAGGCCGGGUCAUCUCUUGCUCCAGCCCUGACCUCCGGGCUCUGUGACCUCCCAGCUCUUCGACUCCCCCUACCUCUGGCCUCCAGCACUGCAAACCCAGCCUGUACAGUCCUCUCCUUCCCAGACUCGGGGUUCCAGUCAACAGAUGAACUGCAGGUGGGGCAGGAAGACACCUUCCUGAGCUGUGGGACGGGCGACUUUCUGGAGACUGUGCGGCCGUUGGUCGUGGGGGGGUUCCUGGCUCCUUGUGGUGGGGGGAACAGUCAGGACUGCAGUCUGCUGGAGCAGUACCUGUCCUCCGUGCAACAGAGAGAGGAGGCAGAGGGGGGUGCCAGCGACAGAACAGGCACACCACAGCCGCCCUCAUCUGCCGAAACGGCACAGCCUGACUCCCCCACUCAGAACACAGGAGACAGACUCAGAGCAGCAACACACACACUGGAAAGUCCAAUUUGAAGUGCCUGUCCUGCUCCUAGUCUUCUGUGAUUGGCUAAGAGACUGCCCAUAAACUCAGUCAAUCUGUGCUGAUGAAUGUUAUUGAUGGCUCUAACAGUGCCUCAUAGACCUUACUGACUAACAUCCAUAUAGCGAGUGGCAUACGGACUCACAAAUGUGUAUACAUUCAUAUAGCCUGGAUGACUUAAAUCUCUUGGACUGCUGCUAGCCUGGAGACCUGACUGUUCCUGCAUUCAAUAAUGCUUUGUUGGUUGCCAUGAUUUGUCAGUCCAAGGACAAUUAGGCUAAUGCUUGAUUUACAUUCGGGCGACGUGGGAACGGUAGUCCCAGCAAACCUAACCUUAAUUAAUUUCGACCCCUGUGCCUAAGUCUUUUUUUCUGCUGGUUGAAUCUACACUUCCUUUAAGUAUUAAGUCCAUCUACCCUCCAACUUUGGUCAUCUGCAACUUCCCUGUUUGUCAUGCUCAUGCAGUGGUUGAAAAAGUACCCAGUUGUCAUACUUGAGUAAAAGUAAAGAUUUUUUAAUAGAAAAUGACUGGAGUGAAAGUCGCCAAGUAAAAGUCUAGAAGUAUUUGGUUUUAAAUAUACUUAAGUAUCAAAAGUACAAUUAUAAAUUUCAAAUUGCUUAUAUUAAGAAAACCAGAUCACAUAAUUGUGUUUUCUCUUUACGGAUAGCCAGGAGCAUGCUCCAACACUUACACAUCCUUUACAAACGAAGCAUGUGUUUUGGUAGUCUGCCAGAUCAGAGGCAGUAGGGAUGACCAGGGAUGUUCUCUUGAGAAGUGUGAGAAUUAGACCACUUUCCUGUCCUGCUAAGUAUUCAAAAUAUAACAAGUACUUUUGCGUGUCAAGGAAUAUGUAUUGAGUAAAACGUACAACUUUCUUUAGGAAUGUAGUGAAGUAAAGAUGUAAAAAUUAUAAAUAGUAAAGUAUAGAUAACCAAAAAAAAAGUAGUACUUUCAAGUAUUUUUUACUUAAGUACUUAACAUAACGUUAGCACAGGGCGUAAUCUGUAUUUAUCCAUCACAUAAUGGUAUUUGUUAUGUCAUUUUCCUUCUUGUUCUCAGUUUCACAGACCACAACCCUCCUAAAGCCCAUUCCAAACCCCUUAACCACCAAACCCUAAACCUUCAUUACCCAUCCUCGCUGCCUUUUCUGUAUGAAUAAAUAUCAAAGCGGGACCCUCGCUUUCUGGCGUUCAUUAUGCAUUCUCACCGAUAACCCACAGUGGCAAUAUAACCCAGCAGUCAGUAACGCUAUACAUCAUUUAUAGGGCUGUCAGUGUUUAUCAGUUAACCUUUAGUCAUAUAAGUGCACUUUAAAAAAAAUAAGUGUGCAUUGUUGACCUGACGCAUGAAAGAAAGUCAUGACUGGGCUGAUGGAAACAUGAAUUGCUCUUAAAAUUGUAUAAAUGCCUACAGACAA